UGCCAUAAAGGCCCCUCAAGUGUUUCCGGGAUUAAAACUUCUUUUGAUUGCAUUUACACCUACUGUGGCCAUUCUUACAACUAGAUUUCCAAGUAAAUCAAAUAGCCUGUGUUUAUUUGACGCUGCCCAAGAGUAUGCUAUAGUGUUGAGUGCCUUUCAGUGAUUUAAUCAGCCAAAUAAAAACCAAAACAAUGCAUGAUCCCAGCGAUUACGACUCGGUUUAUAGCGAGGAGGACUUUCUGGACACCGUCCGAGGAGCCGAGACUCCUCCGCUGAUGGACUACGAAGAAUUUCGCGUGAAGACUAUGGAUGAACGACAGCACAUACAGAAGAAAACAUUCACGAAAUGGAUCAAUUCACAUCUCAUCGAUACCCAGUGCACACCAGUGAAGGAUUUGUUUCUGGACCUGCGGGACGGACAUCGGUUGUUGGCCCUGCUGAGCACCCUGACACAAACACACCUGAAACCCGAAAAGGGUCGGAUGCGGGUGCACCACAUCAACAAUCUGAACAAGGUGAUAACCGUGAUCCAGCAGCACGGGGUCAAGUUGGUGAACAUCUCCAGCGAUGACAUAGUGGGCGGCAAUGCCAAGCUGACCCUUGGCCUCAUCUGGCUGAUAGCGCUGGAGUUCAAUGGCCAGCAUCUAGUCAAGAGUCAUUCGAGUAACGGGGUUGAGAAGUCCCUGUUGGCCUGGGCGCGCCAGUACACGGAACCACAUGGCCUGCAACUCAAUGAUUUCUCCAAUUCGUGGUCCGAUGGCAGAGCCUUCCUCAUGAUCCUGGAUGCCCACGUGGAGGAGUUGAAUCUGCAGGCCGCCUUGCAGCAACAUGCAUUGCAAAGACUCCAUUUGGGUUUCGAUUUGGCACACCGGCAUUUCAAAAUCGAAAAGCUGCUGGAUGCCGAGGAUGUGCACACCCACAAGCCGGAUAAUAAAUCGAUACAGAUGUAUGUGAUGUGCCUGUACCAUGCCAUGGAAUCCAUGAGGGCAAGGGAGCAGGAUGAGGGACAGGAUCAGGAUCCGAGCAGAGUGCCCUGCACCAGCAUCACAGACUUGGACGAGGUGCCGCUGGACAAUGAUCGUGCCAGUUUGGAGCUCUACACCUCAGAUAGUGCUGGUAGUAUGGAUCAGCGCUCCUCAGGGGAACUGAAGACCCAGUCCAUGCGCCCCUUGAGCACGGCCACCAAUGCCAGUGUGGAGAUCAGUGGCUAUCAGACAGCUCUCGAGGCAGUACUCACCCUCUUGCUGGAGGAUGAACAGCUGCUCUCACAGGAUCUUCCCGAUCCCGAGGACUUCCACACCGCCAAACUGCAAUUUCACGAAAACGAGAGCUUCAUGCUUAAACUAACCGAACAUCAGGAGUAUGUAGGUGAAGCUCUGGAGGAGGGUAGCAACCUCAUUAACGAAUCCCAGAAAGCUGGAGCUGGUCUAAGUCAGGAGGAUCAGAACGAAGUGAGACAACAAAUGGUCUUGCUCAACGAACGAUGGGAAACUUUGAGGUUGCGAGCCCUGGAUGUCCAAGCUAAAAUCCUAAUGCGAUUGGCCGAGUUCCAGAAGCAAAAACUCGAACAGCUUCGACAGUUUCUAACCAGUGUGGAGGAUCGUAUUUCCCACAUGAGCGAUAUAGGACCCACUCUGGGGGAAGCUGAGAAGCAACUGCUUGAAGCUCGAAAACUGAAAGCCGACCUGAGUGAACAGCAGGAAUUGGUGGAUAGUCUGAGUAGUAUGGUGGUCAUUGUGAACGAUACCUCUGGCAACUUUAAUGAUCUAGAAGAUCGUCUGAGUGCCCUGGGCGAGAGAUGGUCGCAUGUGGUUAAGUGGAGCGAUCUGCGAACCGAGAAACUACAGCAGUAUAAAUGUAUCUCCAGAUGGUUGGAUGCCCGCGAGCAGGAUCUCAAGCUGAUGGAGAGCAGGGAUGUCACCGAUGUGGGGGGUAUUACGCAGCGUAUUAACGAGCUCAACUAUUGUGCCAAAGAUCUGCUGGAACUUCAGAGAUAUCUGAUAGAUCUGCGGCAAAUGGUAGCUGCCACUUUGCAGGAUGGCGAUGACAAGGGGGAAAGGGUUCUCAUCCAGUUGGAGAGCUACGAAGAUCGCUUGGAUGCCUUGAAACAGAUUGUUGAAGUGCAAACGGUGAGGAUAGAAACCAAGGGCUUUAAUUUUGGACGAGAUCGUGCGAGUUACGAUGAUAGUCGGGUGGUGCGUCCUGAAGGUUGGGUGGACUACCAGAUGAUCAUACGGUUUGGCGAAGAGGAGUCUCAAGAGGACGACGAGGAACAUGAUUUGGCCAGCAAGAAGCGAAAGCUGAGGAAUGCUGAUAACUUUUAUGCCCUGGAAAAUCAGAUCAUGGAGCACUUUGUCUUCGUUCAGGAAGUGGAGCAGAAGCUACAGCAGUUACAGAGACAAAGUCUGCGCCAACAGUGUGAAUUACUCAAGGAACUUCAGGCGGAAAAUAACCAACGUAGUGGUACCUUACCCGAGCUUAAGAAACUCUACGAGGUGUGUGAACUGGAGGAUCCUUCGAGGAACCUUCUUUUAGAAGAAACCCACAUCAAGCAGUUGGAGCAAAGAUAUGCAACUUUGGCUCAGAGACUAUCAAGCCAGCAGAGCGAAAGUAGCACGCUCUUGGCCAAGGAAAAGUAUUAUAAUAGUCUUACGGGAUUUAAGUUAGUCCUAGCUGAUUCUAGGGAUUGGUAUAAGCAACACGCUGGUUCAGCCAGUGGCAAAGAACUGGAGCAGCGUUUGAGCCACAUGGAAUCCCUGUCCUCUGAGAUUUCAGAGGCUAAAACAGCCACCGAAGAGCUGGAUAACUCGCUGCUGGAAUGGAAGCAAGACUUCGGUCUGUUCUACGAUAGUUGGCAUGACAUGAAGCAGGCUCUACAGGCUCUCAUCCAACAGAGGGGUGGUGAAAGUCUCUCCAGACAGUUAAAGCAAAUCCAAGAUUUUGUAAACAAAGUAUCGAGUCAAAAGGUACGCGUUUCCAAUCUGGAGGUCAUGCAAAAGCAGCAGCACUCCCUCAACCAAUUGGUAGAUGAAAUGGAUUCCCUCCGACCAACCUAUGAUAAUUUACCAAAACACCUGAUUGGCGAAGAACUACAAACCAUUUGGAAUAGACUUCCAGAACAGCUAAAUGAACGUGUGAUUAAGCAAACAACGGCUAUUGAAAAUCUAAACCACUUUGCAGCGGAGUACAAUGCCAUUAUAGCCAUUUUGCGAAGUGCAGCGGAUUCAAAGCUGAAUGAAAGCAUUCAGGAUCUCCGAAAACUAGAGAUAGAUGUGAUAAGCGCUAGGAAUUUCAGCGAAAUUCUUAUCAAGGAGGCAGAGCCUGCCCAAAAAGAAUCCCUGCAAUCGCAGAUCAGAGCUCUGAAUACCCUGUACGAUCAAGUGGAAAAGGUUCAUCGUGAGAAGAAGCAACAGCAGACAGCCCUUCAAUCGCAGAUCGAUCUCAUCCAGCAGAGAUUGAAGAAAACUGAUCAGUGGCUUACUGACCUAGAGAGCAACACACCCAAAUCGGGAAUCAAUGAUAUAGGUAACUCCAAUGAGCUGUUCCAGAGCAAGUGUCGCUUCCAGACUCUCAAGGAGACCUGCGAGAAAGAAACCAUACAGUUUAGGGAACUCAACGAACUGGGCGGUGAGUUGCUCCUCCAAAUGGAUGAACUUCAGGAUAAGGACAGGGAAUCCCGAUACGGAUCGCUGGCCAAGCAGUUCACACGCAUCAAUGCCAGAUGGACGGAGGUCACCGAGCUGGUUUAUGCGAAGACAGCUCUACUCGAGCACAUAUCAACGCAACUGGGGGAGUUCAAGAAGUUCAUGGUGAGCGAGACGGGUUACCUGGACAAGUUGGAGAACAAGAUACGCAACACGCCAGAGAAUGCAGCCGACGCCGAGGAGAUCAUGGAGGAACUUGAUGAUCUGGAGAACGUUCUGCGCUCGCACUCUGAGGAAUGGCUGGAGAAGAUUCAGGAAAUUGGCAACGAGCUAAUUGACAACGAAUUCAUGGCCGACUCCAUGCGAAGGGACAUCGAUGACACCGUCCAGCGGUGGACACAGCUCCAGCAGCAGGCCAAGAAGCGAACCGAGCUCCUGGAACAAAAGGUCAGCGAGGCGGAGCAGUCCGAGAAGUGCAUUGUGCAGUUCGAGAAGUGGCUGACCCGGGUGGACGAGAUACUCAGCGAGCAUCUGGAAAACGAUGUGACCAUUGAGGACCUGCCAGAGGAUUUUCAGCGAUUGGCUCGCGAGUUUGUGGCCAACGAGAAAAACUUCAAGGAGAUCACCGAGCUUAUAGACGAGCACACAAGGAACGGCAAAAUUGGGGCUGCCAAUCGACUCCAGGAGCAGCUCAAUCUGAUGGAGGUGAGGUUCAAGGUCUGCCAGGCGAAGCUGAGCAAGUGCACCGCCCCCCAACCAGCCUACGAAUCACGAUUGAAUCGGGCCUAUGCAGAUCUUCGGAAUGUGGAACGAUCCACUCUCGUACUUGAUGUGGCAUCCGCCGGUCCCACUACAGUUCAGGCUCAGUACCAAAAGUGUCUGCAAAUUUAUCGCACAUUGUCGGAGAUAAAGGCGGAAAUCGAGAGCACAAUCAAAACCGGUCGCAGGGUUUGUGAGGACAGGUACACAAAGUCCCCAAAGCAACUCAGCCAGCGGAUUGAUGCGCUGAAGCACCUCUACAAUGCCCUCGGGGAGAAUGUGACCCAGUCAAAGGCGUUCCUCGAAAGUCUGCUCACACUGGCGAGGCAAUUAGAGGAGUGCUUCGAUUCGGCGGAUACCCUAAUCCGACGUUUCGAGUCGCCGCAGGAGGUGCACGAUAGGAACUCCAUUCUCCUGGAGUUCGAGGAUGUGCUGCGGAGGUGCGAGGACCACUACAAUGAGUACAGCAAGUCCUGUGAUCAGAGCUGCAUGGUGGACACUCGUCAAAGAAUCGAUGGUUUGAAGGCCACCUACCACAAGUUGACCAGUGCGGACAUCAUCAAGAGGCUCACGGAGAUGAAGGCCACCCUCCAGAACCUGGACAACAUUUCCCUGGAGACUUUAAAGGCAAUGGAGCAUGACCUGAAGGAGAUAAAUGUGCCCUCGAAUCCGGAAAUUGAGAAAUUGCAGCAGCAAGUAAUUGCAAUUGUCGUGGAUGUGUUGAAAACGCGUUUCAAUGAAGCCACAACGCUUGCCGCGCGAAAUUCGAACUCUCCCCAAAAUGAUGAUACGGAAAUAGUUGUUGUGAGCGAUACAGUGCGACAACGACGUGCCAGGACACCCCAGUCAGGGGAAUCCCCAUCUCCAUCCACAAACACCAGUACCUCGGAGUCUCCAACAAAGGGUGUGGAGAAUUCCCCGGAUCAAGUCCUGCCGGAUCUUCUGCCACCUCAAACAUUCCGACUGGCUGAGUCCAGUACUCUCUUCUCCCAGAUUUCCCUUAAUCCCGAUAAGAUCUCUAAGUCUCCACCACCCAAACCGGCGAAAACCAAGCGAAAGGCCCCAAGUUCCCCGGCCCAAGUUGUGGAAAUUAAGGUGAAAAAUAUUCAAAACGAUAAGAUGUCGGUGCAGAAUAUUGAUUUCGAGCCUCAGCAGGGUGAAAUCGUGGAUACCGUCAAUAUACUAGAGAGUGUAGAACCUUUUGUACCCGAAUAUGUGGAGACCGUACAGAUUGUGGAUCUCUCCGAAGAUUCUGAUUCUUCAGUUAGAGUUGAUAGUCAAGGCAAGGAAGUGAGACGAUCGAAGAGCAAGCACUCCCUGAACGAAUCCCCGCUGCCCAAGGUCUCGGAUAAUGAUGAAGAUUCGGCGGAUCAAGAGGAGGAUCUUCUGCGUCCCUCAGCUGGAAACACAAGCACUCCCUUUCUUAGGGUGGAAAAACACCGAAUCUCCUUCGAUGAAAAACGCAAGCGUGUGGCCAACGAACGUGAUAUCCUGCGUGAUUCCGAAGAAGAGGAACCCAAAACACCAGAUACUCCCCGGGCAACGCAAGUCUCCAAACCGAAGCGUUGGCGCCAACUCCAGCCGGAAAUGGAGGCCCUGGAGCCCGACUCACCCGGUCGCGAUAGUUUCUAUAGUCCCGACAAAGAAUCUGGUUUCGAUGCUGAACCUCUCGUAUUUUCCGACGAUGAGGAUAUACCGCGUUUCUCGCUGGAAAUGACACCAACCAUUGACUCCGAUAGUGAUACGAGUCGCAUUGAGACGCCCUCGACCAAGAAGCCCAAUCCGUUCUUGAGCAAGGUGCUCGAAUCGAUGCCUUCGCCGUCGGAUGAUUCGAAUGUAACGCUCAAGAGUCCGCUCAGUGAACAGCAUCCCCAGAAUCUGGAUGAUCGUGUCCGGGAGUUCGAUAAGCAGGCCAAGCAAAUGAUCUACAAGCUGAAACUUACCAAGGCCAAGAUCGAGCAGUGUCACGAAAGCGAAGCAGAGGAUCUGCGGCUACUAAUAGCACCCGAUGCAGCCACUUUGAUAUCCCAGGGAGACUCCUUGGUUCUGGAAACCCAUGGAAGACAGGGUAGCAUUUCUCGUCUGGUGAUGCGCACUCAAAUCAUACUGCGAGAGCAGUUCCGGGAAGUUCAGCAGGCGAGAUCCAAGACCUCGGGAAGUGGGGCACCAGCUCCGCCAUUAGACAGCGUGAAUAUCGAAGAACUGGUCACCAAGGGACUGCGUCGCAUCAAUGUUCUCAUAGAGAAGACCGUCGAUCUGAAGUCUAGCAGUGAUCUUGAGAAGCGCAUGGAGGAUAUCAACGAGCGGCACGACGAUUUACAGGUGAUUGUCAGCGCCAUCGGCAAGAACGCCCAGAUGCCGAAGGUCACGCCCCUCAUGAUGAACGAAAUCGAAAAGACUAAAAACAAUUUGAUAGCUCAUGCGGAUUCCAUUGAGCUCUCGCUGACGGAACUGAGAAAUGGCCCCCGAAUUCCCAAUGGAAAGGAGCGUCCAGAUGCAUCCAGCGCGGCCACCAUCAGCUGUCGUUCGGAAUACAAUAACGAGCCGAGCGGGACUGGAGCGUUGGCCGGCAGCUUCGAUAAGUCGGUGCUGCAAAUUUCCGACUGGCUGACUUGGGAACAAAACAUGAUCAAGAUACAGAGCGUGCUCGUCGACGAUGGCGAUGCAGUGCGACUGGCCAUCGAGAAGCAGGAGAAAGUUCUGCGUGAAUUGAAAAUGAAAAAGCCGCAGCUCAACGAACUGGUUCACACGGCGGAAGUGCUCAAAGGCGACAUAAAGCGGCAACAACUGCAGGAGAAAGAGCUGAAACAGUUUUCCCUAGCUCCGCACUGUUCAGCGGACUUAGAUUAUAUGCGUUGCUGCCUGAAAGUGACCCGAUUGCGUGAGCACUGGGAUGAGACGUCGCAAUGUGUCCUGCAGCGAGCUGCCCAACUUAAAAACAUGCUGAGCGACUCACAGCGGUUCGAGGCCAAGCGCCUGGAGCUCGAGAAGUGGCUGGCCCGCAUGGAGCAGAGGACCGAGCGAAUGGGAACAAUUGCCACGACAGCGGACAUCCUGGAGGCCCAGCAGAAGGAGCAAAAGUCCUUCCACGCGGAACUGCACCAGAACAAGCAACACUUUGAUAUCUUCAACGAGCUGACGCAGAAGCUAAUUGCCGUCUAUCCCAAUGAUGAUACCACCAGGAUCAAGAAAAUGACGGAGGUUAUUAAUCAACGCUAUGCUAACUUAAACAACGGAGUCAUCAAUCGAGGCAAACAAUUGCAUGCGGCUGUGCAUAGUCUUCAAUCGUUUGAUCGAGCCAUGGAUCAGUUCCUUGCUUUUCUCUCGGAAACGGAAACACUUUGUGAAAACGCCGAGUCUGAAAUAGAACGCAAUCCAUUAAUGUUCAAGGACCUACAAUCGGAAAUUGAAACCCAUCGCGUGGUUUACGAUCGUCUCGAUGGAACGGGCCGCAAACUUUUGGGUUCGCUCACCUCACAAGAGGAUGCGGUUAUGCUGCAGCGUCGCCUCGAUGAAAUGAAUCAACGUUGGAAUAAUUUAAAAUCGAAAAGUAUUGCAAUCAGGAACCGCCUGGAGUCCAAUUCGGAGCACUGGAACGCCCUGCUGCUGUCGCUCCGCGAACUGACCGAGUGGGUCAUCCGCAAGGACACCGAACUGAGCACCUUGGGCCUGGGUCCCGUUCGAGGCGAUGCCGCCAGUCUGCAGAAACAGUUGGACGAUCAUAAAGCCUUUCGCCGCCAAUUGGAGGAUAAGCGGCCAAUUGUCGAGAGCAAUUUAACGAGCGGUCGUCAGUACAUCGCCAACGAAGCAGCCGUCUCGGAUACCAGCGAUACGGAGGCCAACCAUGAUUCCGACUCGCGUUACAUGUCCGCCGAGGAACAGAGCCGUGAGCUAACACGCAGCAUCCGGCGGGAGGUGGGAAAACUUUCCGAGCAGUGGAACAAUCUAAUCGAUAGAUCUGACAAUUGGAAGCACCGCCUGGAUGAGUACAUGACGAAAAUGCGUCAAUUCCAGAAGAUCCUGGAGGAUCUGAGCUCCCGCGUUGCCCUGGCCGAGCAGACAAAGACCUCCUGGCUGACACCCACUGCGGUGGGCGAGGCCAACGAGCAGAUGCAACAGUUGCAGCGUCUGAGGGACAAGAUGACGACGGCUAGUGCCCUCCUUGACGAUUGCAACGAGCAGCAGUCCUUCUUCACCGCCAACCAGGUGCUGGUGCCCACUCCCUGCCUCUCCAAGCUGGAGGACUUGAACACGCGCAUGAAACUCCUGCAAAUCGCGAUGGACGAGCGCCAGAAGGUCCUGUGCCAGGCUGGAGCCCAGCAAACCCACGAGAACGGCGACGAUGGACGCACCACAUCCAACAGCGGCACCAUCGGUCCACUGCCCAAUCUCGGCCAGAGCGUAAAGCCGCCCUGGGAGAGGGCCACCACAGCCGCCAAUGUGCCUUACUACAUCGACCACGAACGCGAGACCACGCACUGGGACCAUCCCGAGAUGAUCGAGCUGAUGAAGGGCCUGGCAGACCUCAACGAGAUUCGCUUCUCCGCCUACAGAACGGCCAUGAAACUGCGAUCGGUUCAAAAGCGACUGGCUCUCGACAGGAUCAGCAUGUCCACCGCCUGCGAGUCCUUCGAUCGACACGGCCUGCGGGCCCAAAACGACAAGCUGAUCGACAUACCCGACAUGACCACGGUGCUGCAUUCGCUCUACGUGACAAUCGAUAAAAUUGAUUUGACGCUGAUGCUGGACCUGGCCAUCAACUGGAUCCUGAAUGUCUACGACUCCCAGCGCACCGGCCAGAUCCGAGUGCUGAGUUUCAAGGUCGGGCUGGUGCUCCUCUGCAAGGGUCACUUGGAGGAGAAGUAUCGCUAUCUGUUCCGCCUGGUGGCAGACACUGACCGUCGGGCAGAUCAGAGGCGACUGGGACUCCUGCUGCACGAUUGCAUACAGGUACCCCGCCAACUAGGUGAGGUGGCCGCCUUUGGUGGCUCCAACAUCGAGCCCUCGGUUAGGUCCUGCCUGGAGCAGGCCGGCAUCUCGCAGGAGGCCAUCGACGGCAACCAGGACAUCUCCAUUGAGCUGCAGCACUUCCUCGGCUGGCUGCAGCACGAACCCCAGAGCCUCGUCUGGCUGCCCGUACUCCAUCGCCUGGCGGCGGCGGAGGCGGCCAAGCACCAGGCCAAGUGCAACAUCUGCAAGGAGUACCCGAUCGUGGGCUUCCGCUACAGAUGCCUCAAGUGCUUCAACUUCGACAUGUGCCAAAAGUGUUUCUUCUUCGGCCGCAACGCCAAGAACCACAAGCUCACGCAUCCCAUGCACGAGUACUGCACCACUACCACAUCCACCGAGGACGUUCGUGACUUUACACGCGCCCUGAAGAACAAAUUCAAGAGUCGCAAAUACUUUAAGAAACAUCCACGCGUGGGCUACCUGCCUGUACAGAGUGUUCUGGAAGGUGAUGCUUUGGAGAGUCCUGCGCCCAGUCCGCAACACACGACCCACCAGCUGCAGAACGACAUGCACUCUAGGCUGGAGAUGUAUGCUUCCAGACUCGCACAAGUGGAGUACGGCGGCACGGGAUCGAACUCUACGCCAGAUAGCGAUGACGAGCACCAGCUGAUCGCUCAGUAUUGCCAGGCUCUGCCGGGAACCAGCAACGGAAGUGCGCCCAAGUCGCCUGUCCAGGUGAUGGCCGCCAUGGACGCGGAACAGCGGGAGGAGCUGGAGGCGAUCAUACGCGACCUCGAGGAGGAGAACGCCAACCUGCAGGCGGAGUACCAGCAACUGUGCACCAAGCAGCAGAGCGGCACGCCCGAGGACUCCAAUGGCAUGCAGCACUCCAGUUCCAGCAUGACGGGUCUCUCAGGCCAAGGCGAGCAGGGACAGGACAUGAUGGCGGAGGCGAAGCUGCUGCGCCAGCACAAAGGUCGCCUGGAGGCGCGUAUGCAAAUCCUGGAGGACCACAAUCGGCAGCUAGAGGCCCAAUUGCAGCGGCUGCGUCAACUCCUGGAUGAACCCAAUGGCGGGGGCAGUAGCGCCACCAGCAGCGGCCUGCCCAGCGCCCCCGGCUCCGCCUUGAACUCCAAGCCAAACACCCUACAAACCCGUUCGGUGACCGCCUCGCAGUUGAACACCGACUCGCCGGCCAAGAUGAACCAGCAGAAUGGCCACUACGAGCACAACUCAAAGGGAAUUAUGCUGCCGGGGAUGAGCAGCGAGAUGCAGCAGCAGCACGCCCAGUUGGCCAGUUUGGCGGCGAAGCAUCAUCAGCACCAGCUCAGCGGAGCCCUGAACGCGUUGCAUCAACAGCAGCAGCAGCAGCAACAGCAGCAGUUGCAGCAGCAACAUCCGCAGCAGCAGAGGAACCUGAUGACAGGCAACGGCGGACUGGACAUAUCCGGCGGAUAUCUGGGGGACGACGGCCGCCCACCACCGCCCCCUCACUCCAGCCUCAUGCAGCAGCAGCAUCAGCAGCACUUGAAUGAGAACUCCAGUGGCCUGGUGACCGUCAUUACCGAGCAGGAAUUGGAGAGCAUCAACGAUGACCUGGACGAGACGUCGAGCAGCAACACCACGAACACAACGACGACGACGACCACGGCAACCACGGAGAAGACCUGCGUGGAACUGCAAAAAUAACUCCUUCGAUACUUAACUGCAAGGCAUUAAACUAUAAAACAAAAAUAAACAGUAUAAGAAUCCAAAAGAAUCAACUGCAAGUGAGGAAAUCCAAUUGGCUGGCCUGCAAAAUAUUCUAAAUAAUCAUACCUAAACACCUAAAGAUAGAUCCAUAUAACUAUUGUGGUACAUAUAUUUAUACAUUAUUGCAUACGAAGAAGAAUCGGAUAGGGGAGAAUUUCAAGAAGAGCUUGGACUAAGCUGAGAACACUUUUAGUAGUUAUGAAAGAUACAAAUCUAUAUAUAUUAUAUACAAUUAUCGAAGCGUAAGUAAGUGAAACAUAUUGAAAGCUGGAAAUAAUGCAGAAAUGAUUUAAAGAUUAGAUAAGCUGUAACUCCCACACAUACAUACCUACGAUAUAAUAAAACACCUAUAACAUAAUUGAAACAUAAUCAUAAUUUGCUAGUACAUGCAAAAUUGUUAUAACUCGCACCUUUUUCGAAAAAAAGAGAUAAGAAAAAACCAAUUUCAACGAUACAAAAAAUACUAGCUAAGGCGAAAUAGUUUUUGGAUUAGCUCUCAUAUCAUUUUGAAGCUUAUUCAAUAAGCGUUUUAAAUGUAAAUGUCGAAACACGCAAUCAAUUUUAAUUUGUAUCCUUAUUUAUUCCGAGUUCUUGUGUAUUAUUUCUUAAUAUUAUUUAAUAUUAAUAUCUGUGCUAACUGAAAGUGUGCUGCAAUGUUUUAAAUUAAAGAACUAUUAUUGAAAAACA